CCGCCACGCCCGUCCCCCAAGACUCAUGUGAAUUUUCAUCUUAGUUUCCAGAGGAAGAGAGAAGAACUUCUUGCUUCCAUUUUCCAGCUGAUUUUGCAAUACCUCAUCCACGCCGUGGCCUUUGAUGUAAAAGAAGCCGUAGCUUCGACAGGCUUCCCCGAUUUGUUGAGCUGCAGCCAUCUUCUUGAUUCCGUCCAAAACCAAUGGACUGAUAUCUAUCACUGGAAUUUGAUCCAUCUCCGCAGGCAUUUGGCUAGGUUUGGUGGUUGGUAGGUAGUAUGAAGUAAAUUUAUUAUAAAAAGAACUGGUUUAUGAAAAUUAGUUGACCAAUGGUUGGGAAAUCUAUGAGUUGAAUUGAUUUGGUUGUGACUGAGAGAGUUUACUUAUAUACCCCGCAUCCGCUUCAACUUUAAUCAUAUAAAUUCCUCUGUCUAUUCAAAUAAAUCUAAUUUACAUAUUCAGCGAAUUUGUGUCAGGAGAGUAAGGUGAUAAAGUAAUUGAUUUGGGGGAAUAACCAAACCAGAAUAAACUAGCAUCGCAGUAGGUGACGUUUAACCUUCCAAACUAACCUUCAUUUUGCUGAUUCAUAAACACAAGUAUUGUGAUUUUAAUACCAUCAGAUACAAAGAAGAGAUUACGUAAAAUAGUGGCAUGUAGUGAGCUUCUCUUGUCCGUCAGGCUACUAACUCAUGACAAAAUCUGCUGACCACCUUCAACGUCACGUCGAUGGCUAGAAUUCACUGAAUUAUGGAACUCGCCAUACGUCAAAGCAUUCCGAACUUUACAAGAUAAAAUUGAUCAAUUGCAUGGAUAAGUAGGAUAGGAAUUGUUGGUAGAUGGAUGAAAACUUUCUUCCUGGAAUAUCAAGUGCCAUGCAAUGAUUGAUUACUCAAAUUUUAAUUAUGCAUCAUUCAAAUUGAUUAAUUCAUGCACGAAUUGGUGACAUGCUAUUCCGUAUAAAUAUUAUUUAUUAAACAAGAUAAUGGAUGAGUGAUUUAUUGAAUGGAUGACUGCAUGAUAAUAGAUGAGUUGUUUUCGUUGAAUUAUUUUCAUGUACUUUAAACUGUGAUUGAUUGUUUUUUGCAUAAUAGGUUUCAAGUAGUUUCUCAGAUUCCAUUUCGUCGUCACCUCCUGACCUAAAAUGAAUAAAUACAUUAGUUUGUAAUUGGAUUCUAGAAGUAGGCAACUGAUUUAAAGUAUCAGACGAUCCAAUCAUCACUACAUUUACCCCAAACUGCAUUUGGAGAGGUUGGCAAAGAUUUUGAUUAAGCACUGCAUAUAUUCCCUUAAGCUCGAGUGGGAGGUUAAAGACAUUUAAUAGGAUUUACUUGCUUGCAUUAUUCCCCAAUAUGCAAUCGGAGCAGUUCAAAAAAAAGGAGGGAUAUCCAAAAUCAGCAUAUUUUGUGGUCACUCAUCAAAUACUGGAACGGUUUUCGUUUUAUGCAAUAAAUGUUAUUCUACCCUUUUACUUUCAAAACAUUUUGCAUUUUGACGAGGAAGCCUCUACCGCUAUCUACCAUGGAUAUUCUGUUUUUAGUUAUUUGAGCUCCAUAAUUGGGGCUGUUAUUGCGGACUCGCUAUAUGGAAAAUACAAAACAAUAUUAUUAUUUUCUGCGGUUUAUUCUGCCGGAACAUUUCUCACCGCAUUCUCCGCCACGGAACUAGUUUCUUCCGAUUUAACAUUGACUAUCACUAUUCUGGGACUAUUAUGCGUUGCUUUAGCUGCUGGUGCAAUUAAGCCCUGCAUAACUGCCUUUGGUGGAGAUCAAUUUAAAUUACCAGACCAGGAGAAGGAACUAAACUCCUUUUUCCCUUUUUUAUAUAUUUGGAUAAAUUUGUCCCUUCUUGUCGCUGGACUUGUAACGCCGAUAUUGAGAAGAGAUGUAUCUUGUUUCGGGAAGGAAAGUUGCUACUCCCUGGCAUUUGCUGUACCUUUUACCUUUAUUGUUCUUUCCGUUCUGGCAUUUUGGAUAGGGAGAAGAGACUACAGGCACAUAAUUGUGAACGAGAAUGUAGUCGGAAAGUUUCUAAGAUGUAUAAGGUUCGCCAUUGUGAGGAAGUUUACAUCAUCAUCUGGAUCUGAUAAAGUUAGAAAACACUGGUUAGAUUAUGCAGAAGUGGAGUAUUCGGCCCAGUUCAUUGGAAAUGUGAAGGCUGUUCUGGAUGUGUUAGUCCUAUUCAUUCCCGUCAUAAUUUUCUGGGCGGUUUACGAGCAACAGUUCUCAACAUGGGCCUUUCAAGCAGAGCGAAUGAACGGAGUAAUUGGGUCAUACGAAGUACCCCCUGACCAAGUGGCGACAUUAAAUUUCAUCCUCACAUUCCUCUUCCUCCCGGUGUUUGAACAACUAAUAUUCCCCCUUCUUUCCAAGUGUAAUUUACUGACGAAGUCAAUGCAUCGGGUAGUUUUUGGAUUCAUCUGUUCCACACUGGCCUACGUUUGUUGUUACGUUGUGGAGUUGAGAAUUGAAGCAUCUGAGCUGAAAACCAUUCACGUUGUGUGGCUUCUUCCGCAAUAUACGUUGAUGAGUGUGGCAGAAGUGAUGGUAGUACCCCCCUUGAACAGUUUUUCAUACUCCCAGGCGCCUGACAGCAUGAAAUCCGUUCUUCUCACAGCUACACUGCUGCCGCAAGCACUGGGUAGUGUUGUUGUAAUUGCGGUGGCUAAAGGGAACAUAUUCCAAACACAGUCCGUCCAGUUUCUCUUUUUCGCUGGUUUGAACACGGGUGCCGUCAUCUUGCUAAUAGCGUUAUUGUGGAGAUAUAAAAAUCCAUCAAUUAACAAUGACGACCUGGAGUUGAAAAUGGAAGAAAGUUCAAUAGAUAGUUCGGUAUCGCCGAAUGGCAAUUAGGAUUUAUCUUAUUAUUGUACAUAACAAAAUGCUUUAUCCUUAAUUAAUGCAUCACUUAAUCAAUUUUUACCUCACGGGGCUUCACUUGUAAACCAUCGCAACUUAGAUAAUGACACAAACACGCUUCUCCAACCAACGGUAUCAGAUUUUUUCAAUUUCCGCUGGUUUCUCGAUGGAACCGAGCUUCGUCAGGCUACAUAAAUAUUAAUAGCAAUGAAAUAAGCAAAAUCUAAAUUUAUAUUGAAGUUGUGACGACCUUGGAGGAAUUAUAUGUAUAGUAGAAUAUUUUUAAAAAUAUAAAAUAAAAAUAAAAUGUUUUACUAGAAUAUUUUUAAUUCUAUUGAACUAUUGUGAAA